AUUUGCGGGUCGAUCAGGGAGGGGGAGAGGAAACGGGGAGUUGUGACACGGUCGGUCCUCCUCCCGCAUAUAUAUUCUCCAACCAAUGCAUUUUCUUCCUCUUUCUGUUACCUGGUAAAGGGCAGCAGCAGCCGAGACGUGAUCUCUCAAUCUUGAAACUAAUCAAUCAUGGGAAAGGAAAAGAUCCACAUUAACAUCGUGGUCAUUGGCCACGUCGACUCCGGAAAGUCUACCACAACCGGCCAUCUCAUCUACAAAUGCGGUGGAAUCGACAAGAGAACCAUCGAGAAGUUCGAGAAAGAAGCUGCUGAGAUGGGCAAAGGCUCUUUCAAGUAUGCUUGGGUGCUGGAUAAACUGAAGGCAGAGCGUGAGCGUGGUAUCACCAUUGACAUCGCUCUCUGGAAAUUCGAGACCAGCAGAUACUAUGUCACCAUCAUUGAUGCACCUGGACACAGGGAUUUCAUCAAGAACAUGAUCACUGGUACAUCCCAGGCUGACUGUGCCGUGCUCAUUGUUGCUGGUGGUGUUGGUGAGUUUGAGGCUGGUAUCUCAAAGAAUGGACAGACCCGUGAGCAUGCCCUCCUGGCUUUCACCCUGGGAGUGAAACAGCUUAUUGUUGGAGUCAACAAGAUGGACUCCACCGAGCCUCCUUACAGCCAGGCCCGUUUUGAGGAAAUCACCAAGGAAGUCAGCGCCUACAUCAAGAAGAUCGGCUACAACCCUGCCACUGUUGCAUUCGUCCCAAUUUCUGGAUGGCACGGAGACAACAUGUUGGAGCCCAGCACAAAUAUGGGCUGGUUCAAGGGAUGGAAGGUUGAGCGUAAGGAGGGUAACGGCAGUGGUGUCACUCUUCUUGAAGCCCUGGAUUCCAUUCUGCCACCCAGCCGCCCCACCAACAAGCCCCUUCGUCUGCCACUUCAGGAUGUCUACAAAAUUGGAGGUAUUGGAACAGUGCCCGUGGGUCGUGUGGAGACUGGUGUCCUCAAGCCUGGAAUGGUUGUUACCUUUGCUCCUGCUAAUGUGACCACUGAGGUCAAGUCUGUUGAGAUGCACCAUGAGUCCCUCGCUGAGGCUACCCCUGGUGACAACGUUGGCUUCAACGUCAAGAACGUGUCCGUUAAGGAUAUCCGUCGUGGUAAUGUGGCUGGAGAUAGCAAGAACGACCCCCCUAUGGAGGCCGGCAGCUUUACAGCUCAGGUCAUCAUCCUGAACCACCCUGGUCAGAUCUCUCAGGGUUAUGCCCCUGUGCUGGAUUGCCACACUGCUCACAUUGCCUGCAAGUUUGCUGAGCUCAAGGAGAAGAUCGACCGUCGUUCUGGUAAGAAGCUUGAGGACAACCCCAAGGCCCUUAAAUCUGGAGAUGCUGCCAUCGUUGAGAUGGUCCCUGGCAAGCCCAUGUGUGUGGAGAGCUUCUCCACCUAUCCUCCUCUUGGUCGCUUUGCUGUGCGUGACAUGAGGCAGACGGUUGCUGUUGGUGUCAUCAAGAGUGUUGAGAAGAAAUCUGCUAGUGCUGGCAAGGUCACGAAGUCUGCGCAGAAGGCUGGCAAGACCAAGUGAACAUCCCUCCAUCAUGCAAUUCUGAAGGUUGUGGCACGUUCAUCCCAGCCUCCUGGAAUUUCUCUAAACCUGGGCACUCUACUUAAGGACUGGCUAAUGCUUAUUAAAACCCAUCGGAAAAAUUUUCGCAGGAAAGGAAAACAUCUUGGAUUUAAUGGUGGCUCACAUUGACUGACAGGGCCUCUUUCAGUUGUUAAAUUUAUGUUGAAAUGGUUUAGAACUACACCUGUUGCCACAGUAAAAUUAGGAAGGAAGCUGCUGUUCAAGUAACUAAUAAAGGUAUUACAAAUUCAAA